UCGGAAGUUCUACGUCAUGCCGCAAACCCCAGCAACUCCGACCUCAGAGUUGACGCGUCCUCACCACCCCGUCCAUCGCUCCAAUGAUCAUUCUGCCUAUCACUCCUUCUUCCUUUGCCGAGCCUGCUCCAGUAGGGCAAGCGGGAGGGAGGCCAUGCGCCACGUUCGUAAUUGUCAAGUACUGUCCUCCUCUCUCAUCUUUCGAAUUUGCUUUGCCCCUAUCUCCUAUCACACCACCAACACAGCUCCGUUAUCCGUCUCCAUAGUCCGGGCGAAAAAGGAGAGACAACUAACACCACAAUCCAGACCCGCGUAGUACAACAGACACUCCUUUACCAAUGCCUGAAGGCGACGACCGCCCUCGAUGGAUGCUCCACCUCCAAGCCCAAGUCUGGCGCUUCCUCAUGUCCAUCGGCAUGACACUGCACCGACAAGCGCCCCCUCGCCCUCCAAAUCCCGCAUUCACCCGCACCGUUGACGCGACCGUCUCACCCCUCAAAGGCCGCUUCCGCAUCCACUUCUACGUACCAAAGGACUACAAAUCCCAGCGCAAACUAAAAGGCACCAAACGCUACCCGUGCGUCGUGAAUUUCCACGGCGGGGGCUUCGUACUCGGCACCGCGACGGACGAUGCGCGCUGGAUCGGCGCCGUGGUGGAACAGGUGGAUGCCGUGGUCGUGAGCGUGGAUUAUCGCCUUGCGCCCGAGUAUCCCUUCCCGACGGCUGUGGAGGACGGGGCCGAUGCAAUCCUGUAUCUGGCGAAGCAUGCGGAGGAGUUCUUGCUGGAUACCGAGCGGUUCGCUGUGAGUGGGUUUUCGAGCGGGGGCAAUAUGAGUUUUACAGUACCGCUUUGUUUGCAAGGGGAGCUGCUGGAUCGGACAGCAAAGGGGGAGAAGAUAGAGGGCAGUCAUGCCGGAAGCACGCCGGCGAGGGUGAAGGUGGAGGCCAACCCUGGGGCGGCGGUGCCGAAGGUACAGGUGGAGGAUAGUACAGGAAGGUCAAGGCCCCAAACGCCGCAGGUGCUGCAGGUGGAAGAUUCGGCUGGCAAUGGGGAGACAAUCGUCCCCGUGGUGACGGCACAGGAUGACGAAAGAAGUCUGAAUAUCUCCAAUGUACCCUCCUCGACCUCCGACGGCACCGAUGUUAACGGCAACUCCAACCCAAAUUCAAACACAAAGGACAACCCCCAUCCCAGCACCGACCCAGACUCCAAAUCCCUGAGACCCUUACUCCCCAGCCGGAAACCCUCCCGCAACCCCCUCACGCGCGCCAACUCCCGCCUCGACCGCAUCGCCUACCUCCGCCAAACCGGCACCUCCUCCCUCUCCCUCGUUUCCUCGUUAAAGGACGCUUCGGGCCCCUCCGUCUCCAUCACCACCCCCUACGGCACCUCGCUCAAAAUCCUCGGCAUCAUCUCCUUCUACCCGCCAACCGACUACACGCAAACGCGCGAGCAGCGGCGCCAGACGUGCGUCCGGGCCGACCAGAACCUGCCCGCCGUCUUCACCCGCCUCUUCGACGACUCGUACCUGCAGCCGCCGUCGCUCGACCUCGCACACCCCUGGCUCUCGCCCGGCCGCGCGCCCCGCGAGAUGCUGCAGGUCCUGCCGGACGAUAUCGUCAUGAUGUGCUGCGAGUGGGACAUGUUGCUUGCCGAGGGCGAGCGGUUCCGGGACAGAUUGAGGGGAGAGGUCGGGAAGAAUGUGCGGUUCCAUUGUGUGCCGGGCGUGCCGCAUGGGUGGGAUAAGGCGCCGAAUCCGCUGAGGGAGAGUCCAGGGGCGAGGGAGCAGUAUGGGGUUGCUUGUGGGGAGUUGAGGAGGAUGUUUUAUGGGGAGGUUUUGUUUCGAUAGUGUGUUUGUAUUAGGUCUGGAGUUUGGGCGUCAGGGCGGUUGAAGGGGUGGAAAUUGGUA